UGUAUUUAAAUAUGAAUGGAGGUACCCGAGUAAAGCGCCGGAGGUCCACGAGGAAGAGAAGGGACUCGCUUGCGUGAAAAUAGGGGAGGAAGUCUGGGUUAAGCCACCAAAGGCGCGCUGUACGUCUCAAUGGUGUAGAGGAACGGUGACGGCGGUCAAUUCCAGAAACAACGUCUCUGUGGAUGGAAUGCCACGACACGUCUUGGACCUUCGCAGGAUUGUCACUUCGACGGACGACGAUUGUGGAAACGAGGUGCCUAGCUUGAGAAGAUCUCGACGCUCAAGGUGCUCUCCCGCUCUCCCGUUCUUGCCUUCGUGUUGCAAUUGUGACCUCGGCUCUGUCAGUAUGGGAAAUGCUGCUGGUCAUGUUGUCUUUGAAUUUAUGCAUCCAGAACUCGCCCCGGACCAUAAAAACCCUCCGACUUUCGAUCCAAACUUAGGAUUUCUUAAUGGACGCAAAGAGCGAGUAAUGAUUGCAACACAAGAGGAGUUAAAUGAGCUGAGCAUCCCACUAGAGAAACGUGACUAUUGUGCUCAUCUAUAUGUAAAAUGGCUGAAAUGUCGUCAACAAAAUUACCCAUUAUGCCAGAGAUGUCAUCAUGAAAAACAUGAUUACGAACAGUGUGAAUACGAUGACUUUGUACUUCGAAUGAAAGAAUACGAACGAGAAAAACGGUUAAAGAUGCGUGCCGAAAGAAUUCAAGCAAAGAAAUUGGCUGAAGAUUUAGAAUGAUGCUGAAAGGAUUAAGAUAGUUCUAAUUUUUUUUUUUUUUUUCAAAGGAUUAGUGUUAAGUUCUUGGAGAAAUGAGUUCUAUUCGUUGGUUUUCCUUUUUGAAAAUCAAUGUUUAUAACAAAUAAAGAUAAAUUAUAUAA